GAGAAUUUACAAACACGUGCGCGCCUGGUGUCGGCGUGUUUCUUAUUUCGCUGUGAAUUAAGUGAAUUUUAAAUACAUUUUGAUUGAAUUUGCAAAGACGACACCAGCACCAGCACAGCACAAUGGGCAAGAAGAGUAAAGUUGGAAAGACGCGCAAGGAUAAGUUCUAUCAGUUAGCCAAGGAGACUGGCUUUCGAUCGCGUGCCGCCUUCAAAUUGAUCCAGUUGAAUCGCAAAUUUGGCUUCCUUCAACAGUCGCAAGUAUGCAUCGAUUUGUGUGCCGCACCCGGCGGCUGGAUGCAGGUGGCCAAACAGAAUAUGCCCGUCUCCAGCAUUGUGGUGGGCGUUGAUCUGUUCCCCAUUCGUCCCAUUGCCGGUUGCAUUGGCCUCGUCGAGGACAUCACAACGGAAAAGUGCCGCCAAUCGCUGACCAAAGAGCUGCAAUCGUGGAAAGCCGAUGUGGUGCUUCACGACGGUGCACCCAAUGUGGGUCGCAAUUGGCUGUACGAUGCCUAUCAACAGAUUUGCCUUACGCUCAACGCUCUCAAGUUGGGCACACAAUUCUUGCGCAGCGGAGGUUGGUUCAUCACAAAAGUGUUUCGCUCCAAGGAUUACAAUGCAUUGCUCUGGGUGCUGAAGCAGCUGUUCAAGAAGGUGCAUGCCACCAAGCCAAGUGCAUCGCGUAAGGAAUCCGCCGAGAUAUUCGUUGUUUGCCAAGGCUAUUUGGCUCCCGAUCGCAUCGAUCCUCGCCUGCUCGAUGCCAAAUAUGUGUUCGAAGAGCUCGAUCUGGAUGGUGGCAAGCAAAAGAACAGUUUGCUGCAUCCCGAGAAGCAGAAACGCAUCAAGGCCGAAGGUUACACCGAACAGGAUAUUGCGCUGCGCAAUGAUUUGGCCGCCUCCGAGUUUAUGCAGGCGGAGAAUGCGUUGGCUGCCCUGCAGGGCAUCGGCUCCAUAACCAUCGAUGAUCCGCGCAUUGCGCAGCAUAAGCGCACCACCACCGAGAUACUCGAGUGCUGCAAAGAUCUGAAGGUGCUCGGUCGCAAGGAUAUCAAGGGUUUGCUGCUGUGGUGGAAGCACAUCAAGCAGGAUCUGUACAAAACAGACAAGGAAGGCGUCAUUGAGGAUGCCGACAAUGAGGCGGAGUCCGCCCCGCAGCCGCUGACGCAGGAGCAGCUCGAGGAUAUGGAGGAUGAGGAGUUGCAGCAACAGAUCGAAACGUUGGCGGAUGAGGAGCAAAAGGAGCUGAAGCGUAAGCGCAAAAAGACUCUCAAAUCGAAGGCGAAACUGCACGAGAAGAUGAACCUCAACAUGGUGAUCAAAGGCGACGAUGGUCCCAAGGAGGAGACAGAGCAUGAGAUCUUUGAUCUCAAGGAUAUCAAUAGCAAUGCCGAGCUCGAUGAUAUGCUGGAUGUGGAGCCCGAUUUCGAUGUCGAGGGCGAACAGCAAGAGUUACCCAAGCUUCCCAAGUACAAGAAGUACGAUAAGGAUGACAAACGACUGGACGACGAUGCCAACUAUGAGAACGACGAUGAGCCCGAGGUGAGCGCGGACGAGGACAGUGAAAGCGACUAUGACCAGCAAGGUCUUGGCUUGAGUGACAACGAGGAUGAGGAGCCACAGAAAUCCGGCAAAGCGGGCAAGGGCAAGAAGAAGCGUGGCGAUCAUCCGCUGAUCAAGUCGGGCGAUUUUCGCGACAAGGACACAAAGCGUCAGCAGCGUGUGCAGCUUUGGUACGAGAAGGAUGCACUGCAGCAGCUCGACGACGACAUGGACAAUGACGACGAGGAGAACUACGAUCUGGACAAUUUGGCCAAGGCGUACAAAGCCAAGGGCGUCGCAGUGCUAGGCGAGAAUCGUCCGGCCCCCGCAGAGACUGGAACAUUGGUCCUGGGAAAGAAGGCGAAGCGUCGGGCCCGUCAUGAUGUGGCCAAGGAUGAGAGCAGCAGUGAAUCGUCCGAUUCGGAGGAGGAAGUCGAUGAGCAGGAUGAAAACGUUGCUGGCGACAUGUCCAAAGCACCCAAAGCAAAGAAGAUCCGUCUCAGCGAGGAGGAACUGGCGCUGGGUGCGUUGCUUGUGCGCGGCAAGAAAACGCGUCGCGAUCUCAUCGAUGCCGCCUGGAAUCGCUAUGCCUUCAACGAUGAUCAUCUGCCCGCCUGGUUUGUGCAGGACGAGCAGGAGCACAUGACGAAACCGCAGCCGGUGCCCAAGGAACUCACCGAGGAAUAUCAGCGCAAGGUCCAGGAGCUAAAUGUGCGCCCCAUCAAGAAGGUGAUGGAGGCAAAGGCGCGCAAGAAGCGUCGUGCCACCAAGCGUAUGGCCAAGGCCAAGAAGAUGGCCGAAAAGAUCAUGGAGAACGCAGACGCAACGUCCCAGGAGAAGGCCAAGCAACUGAAGAAGAUCUACAAGAAGGCCCAGGAGAAGAAGAAGGAGAUCACCUAUGUGGUGGCCAAGAAGCACACAGCAUCCCGACGUGCUCGUCGUCCGGCCGGUGUCAAGGGACGUUAUCGUGUCGUUGAUCCACGUGAGAAGAAGGACAAACGCUCCAUUGUGGCCAAGAAGCGGCGUGAGAAGGGCAGCAAGGGUGGCGCCAAGGGGGGCAAGGGACGAGGCAAGCGUUAAAUCGUCGUCCACACACUUCCACACUUCUCCAUAUGUAAAUGAUAAUGUGUAGCAUAAAUAUAAAUCUAGUGCAUAAUCCUUUAAAA